CAUAGAACGACGAAGGGCAAAAUGUUGCUCGUCAUUUAUACGGUGCCGCUGCGAGAAUUCCGAACUUCCUUACCACUCAAUUCAGCAAAAGCCGAAUUUUCUGUGCAGCUCCGGCUGGUAUGGUUGACAACGGGAUGACGGCGCACGGCACGAUGGUGCUGUUGCCGGUGCUAAGUUCAGGCGCUGACACCUGUUGAGGUCGCUGAGGUGUACUGGGUAUACGAUAAGCGUGGCUGAAGCAGCUGGAUGCCUAGGACGAGUGCGGGCCUCGGAUCGCUGAUCUGGGACAUUGCGUCGAUUCAGAAGUGCCAUAUUCCGUUCCGACCUUCCCAUGGUCUGUCCUUGUGGAUGUAUACUCACCUAGCUCAUGCUAACCCUGACGGGCCGUCGUUCAUUGAGAAGGGUACCUUUCUAACACAAACUGACAGUGCCUCCGGCACAGCAGGUUUGAUCAACCUGGCAUAUUUCUAUGCGGAAUAUAUACUUCGGCAACAGUCUCAAGGGAGCAGAGAGCAGCCUGCUUCACGGCCCACAGGUGCCGUACAGCUCGAAGCCACUCUGAUCAUAUUCGAGGCGACUCCGAAGUGAGGUAUUAGGAACUUUGUACGACUGAGACGGACUGCACGUACUGCCGAAGCUCGAACGAACCGAC